AUGUCUCUCAGCACAAACAAUCCCGAAUCGAGCCCUAUGGGCCUCACAAAUCAAAACACCGUGCCCCUAUCUUCCGCACCGCUCAUAGAGCAGCCUUCCUCAACCCUCGCUCUUCAGAAGUUCACGAUCUUCACGAAUCUACCUCAAGAAAUUCGUCUUCUCAUUUGGGCCAGAGCCGCGCCUCCGCCAUCUGUCAUAAGCCAAAAUUCACUUGUUGACUCGUUCGGUUACAAAUACUAUACUCAUCGUCGCGGAGGAGGCGUUCCGGCGAUUCUCCACGUCUGCAGUGAAUCUCGUUACGAGUUCCUGGCCCGAGACGGCGACGACGAAGAUGCACUCGAGAUCCGCCGACGUGUACACCCGGUCUACAAGCUCUACUUUAAAACGAAGAGGAGUCUUGGUGUUUACAUGUCUCUAGACAUCGAUUCGUUCUGGUGUCUGAAAUAUGGAGCCAAAAACUUCAAUUCCAUCAGAUCCAGCAAUUAUUAUUGCAUGAGACACUUGGUCAUCACGAUUCGCGGCGUCAGUUUCGGUCGACCGGCAUUAGGAAGCUCCUCUUUUUGGCUGAGUCAAGCUGAGUUGCUCAGUCUGAGUCAACACUUGCCUCGCCUUGAAACUUUGACCAUCUUGAUCAAGGAGCGGGAGUUCCAGAUGUGCACUUAUCAUUGGGUACCAUUGGCACCAGAAGUGAAUGGAAAUUUGGAUGAAUCUGCAUUCAAUAAUGCCCAGUGUUGGCUUAUUGCUCGAGUCAAGGUGUUUGACGCAGUGAUGGCUGAACUGAGGGUCAAACAUCCGACAACCAAAUUUCCGAGCUUAAAGUAUCGAUUCGAGCAGCAAUUCAUGGCCAAUGAGAAUAUGGGAUAG